UCUAACAGAAUGUAUUUAACAGUAAGGUUGGUUUGUCUGUGUCUUCUGAUAGAAUGGUCUGUCCAGGAUUACCCAUUCAGAAAUGUGUCCUUAUCCUGGGAUGCUCGGGUAGAUGAUUUGGUGGAUAGACUAUCCAUUGAAGAGAUGACCUUUCAAAUGGCCCGAGGAGGUGCAGGGGUGAAUGGGCCAUCGCCAAAUAUAUCACGGCUAGGUAUCGGACAUUAUCAAUGGGACACAGAAUGUCUGCAUGGUUCAGUUGGACACAAUGCAACAGCCUUUCCACAGUCCAUUGGUCUUGCUGCUACUUGGAGCUAUGACGUUGUUUAUCGGAUGGCUAUGGCUACUGGUGAAGAAGUUCGGGCUAUUCACAAUACAAACGCAAAGAAUAACAGUUACCCUGAUUUGAGUGGUUUAGGAUGCUUUGCUCCAGUUAUAAACAUAAUGAGAGAUCCAAGAUGGGGGAGAAAUCAGGAAUCGUAUGGUGAAGACCCCUUUCUUACCGGUAUGAUGGCAACUGCUUUUGUAAAAGGAAUUCAGGGAGAUCAUCCACGGUAUAUAAGAGCCAACGCUGGAUGUAAACAUUUUGCUGCUUACGCGGGUCCAGAGGACAUUCCAAUUAGCAGAGUUAAAUUUAGUGCUAACGUUACAGAGCGGGACCUGAGGACAACUUUUCUGCCAGCUUUCAGAUAUUGUGUUGAAGCAGGAACUUACGGCAUCAUGUGCAGUUACAAUAGGUAUUUAGCUAACAUGUUAUUUCUUCAUUUUUACAUUUAUGAAGGGUGA